UUCCUCCGCCUCCUGUCCCUGUUGUGGGCAGAACCAGUCGCUUCACUUCUAACUGUGUGCAUGCGCGCGCGCGUGUGUGUGUGUGUGUGUGAGAGAGUGUGAAAGUGUGCAUGUCUGCGUGUGUGUGUGUGUGCAAACACACCAGACUGCCGUGCAGAGAGCAACAGUUCACUCAGUCGUCACUGAUGCUACUUCUCACCACCAAUCCAGGAGUCACAGACCAUCUCCAAACCCCCAAGACAGGACACCGGGUCUGGGCAGGGUGGACUGAUCACAGCCUUCUCUUCUCCAGGAGGUUCCAGCUACAUUUCCAGGAGAGGGAGGGAGGAAAGAAGCCCAAAGUCAGGCAGGCAGUCAGGCAGGCAGAGAGAGAGAGAGAGAGACAGCAAGAGCUUUCACUUCCAGCUGCACCUGGAGCACACAACUGGGACGUUUCUCCUUGACAACUCGGUGCCUGUCUCAAGUCACUGAGAUUCACAUUCUCGUGCCUGUGGACUAGUUCACACACCUCUUCUCUGCGUCUGCUUCCGGGCGUGUUCCGAGUACAACUCAGGUGUUGUGUGUGAACACACACAAACACAAAGAUUGUCAACUUAAGUGCCUGUCACAGUAGCGCAACAGAAGACAAGCAGGAAAAGGACUUUUGGCGGUAAUUAGGCUCGCUGUUAGCCUGUUGCCUUGCGAGCUGCGAGUCGUAGUUGAGUUGUGCUGAGACAACUGACAGCCGUGAGCAGCUUCACAGGGCUGAACGAGGGACAGAGAGGGGACACAGAGAGGGCGAGAGACAGCAGCAUGUUUGACUGCGUGGAGGCCCUGGGGGUGGCCCCACGGCCCCUGUACGACGUGUCUGCCCAGGGCUCCUGCAUGCUGCGCAAGGCCAGCUCCUUCUUCCCCAACCUGGAGCCUUUCUCAUGGGCCAUCAACACGGCCAUGCAGUCGGUGGAGACGCAGAGCACCAGUUCAGAGGAGAUGGUCCCAAGCUCCCCUUCCCCUCCCCCUCCUCCUCGCAUCUACAAGCCGUGCUUCGUUUGCCAGGACAAGUCCUCUGGCUACCACUACGGCGUCAGCUCCUGCGAGGGAUGCAAGGGCUUCUUCCGACGCAGCAUCCAGAAGAACAUGGUGUACACCUGUCACCGGGACAAGAACUGCCAGAUCAACAAGGUGACUCGCAACCGCUGCCAGUACUGCCGGCUGCAGAAGUGUUUUGAGGUCGGCAUGUCCAAAGAAGCGGUGAGGAAUGACAGGAAUAAGAAGAAGAAGGACAUAAAGGAGGAGGUUGUGAUUCCGGAGAGCUACGAGUUGAGUGGAGAGCUGGAGGAGCUGGUCAACAAAGUCAGCAAGGCCCACCAAGAGACCUUCCCCUCACUCGGCCAGCUGGGCAAAUACACUACUCAGAACUCCAGCGCGGAGCACAGGGUGCAGCUGGACCUGGGCUUGUGGGACAAGUUCAGUGAGCUCUCCACCAAGUGCAUCAUCAAGAUCGUGGAGUUUGCCAAACGCCUGCCCGGGUUCACCACGCUCACCAUCGCUGACCAAAUAACCCUGCUCAAAUCAGCAUGCCUCGAUAUCCUGAUGCUGCGUAUCUGCACACGUUACACUCCAGAGCAGGACACAAUGACCUUCUCAGACGGGCUGACGCUCAAUCGCACGCAGAUGCACAACGCCGGCUUCGGCCCCCUCACCGACCUGGUGUUUGCCUUCGCUGGGCAACUGUUGCCCCUGGAGAUGGACGACACAGAGACAGGGCUCCUGAGUGCCAUCUGCCUGAUCUGUGGAGACCGUAUGGACCUGGAGGAGCCGGAGCGUGUGGACAGGCUCCAGGAGCCGCUGCUGGAGGCGCUGAAGCUGUACGCCCGCCGCCGCCGCCCCAACAAGCCUCACAUGUUCCCACGCAUGCUCAUGAAAGUCACAGACCUCAGAGGCAUCAGCACCAAAGGCGCCGAACGAGCCAUUUCACUGAAGACAGAGAUCCCGGGCCCCAUGCCCCCUCUGAUCCGGGAGAUGCUGGAGAACCCGGAGAUUUUUGAGGACGCCAUCGAGAGCGUGGACGCCUCUAGCGGAGAGAGCGCUAGUGGAGAGAGUGCCAGCGGGGAGAGCGGCAGCGGAGAGAGCGGCAGUGGGGAGAGCGCCGCGGCCCCGGCCAUCCCGGCCAUCAAGCGCGAGCGCGAGGAAGAGGAGUCAGCCCUGGAAGAGGAGGACGACGACGAAGACGACUUUAAGGAGGACAGGGAGAGGGGAGGAGACAGUGAGGACGAGGCCUGGGGACUGACGAUGCCGGACCCCAUGAGGAAAGGAGCUACAGGUCGAGCCCAGUGAGGAAAAAAGAGAGAUGGAGAGAUAGAGAGAAGAGGAGGGAGGGAGAAAGAACAGCACAGCAUCUCUAUCGACUGUCUGAACUCCUUUACAAACUGCAGCAGUAUGCACUCCUUGGUGUCUUAUUUAUGUUAGUGCUUGAGGGGUGCGUACUUGAAAAUACACACACACACACACACACACACACACACACAACGAAUUUCUCUGCACUCUAUGCAUACGGGAACAGGUCCAUCUCAAUAGAUAUUAGAUAGAAUUGUCCAGAUAUAGAGACAAACAUAUGCUUGAGAUCAUAAACUAGUGUACUUUAAAAAAAAAAAAAAAAGACACAUGCUUGAGAUCAUAAGCUAGUAUACUUUAAAAAAAAAAGCCACAAACAAAUGAAAGCACUACACGUGUCCACCUCUGGAACGGACCCCAUCAGAAGAGACAGAGCAGGAAGACACACUGCAGUGCCAUACCAGUCACUGUGCUCGGCCAUACACACCUGCCGAGGGACUUUGUUUACUCACUAGAGAAAAUGCAAAAACAAAAAACAGCAACAAAAAAUAAAUAAACAUAUACUAAAGUGGUGCAUUCACCACUGCUAUAUGUGAGGAGAAAAACUACAAUACCUACAAUCCAGCAUGUUUUGAGAAACAGAAAUGUAAUAGUGAUAAAGCACCAUUUUCCACCGGUGUCCUUGGAAACGACUGUUAUUUUAUUUGACGUUUUGUAUUGUUUCAUCUUUCUAAUGGUAUAUAAGCCUUUAUAUAUAAUAUUGCCUUUGCAUAUCUUUACAAUGUCUGUUCAUGUUUAUGUGUGUUGUUUCCAUUUUUCAUUUAGUUGCUCCGGACAUGUGCGUAUGUUUGUACGUAUCUCCCAUGUGCAGACACAUGAUUUUAAACUUUAAUGACAGACUGGCAUCCUUCCUUUGAAAUCUCCCAAACUUCUUAUUAUACCGAGAGCGUUCAGAGGCAAGUUGACGUAGGGCCAUCCUAUAUCCCUACUCGCCUCCUAUUGGUGGAACUCAUUGUAAACAUUCUAUAGUUUCUAUAUUUCAUAUUGGGACCACAGAUAUGUCCAUAUGCACACUGCCUUCCCCUCUCCCUACACACACACAC